AUUCUGGUUGCUUAAAAGGAGUCGACUGCGCAUGUUAAUUUCAGCGCCAGAUUUUGUCCGGGCAAUCUGGCCGUGGUUAAGAUCCUAUCAAUUUAAAUCUGAUGUGGCGGUGCUUCAAUUGUCCUUUAGAUUUUGAUUCAAGGCAAAAGUAUGCGGCUCACGCUCAGACAGUGCAUGAGUUUUAUGUUCCUGAAAAUUCACCAAAUUUGCCAUGCGACUACAGUUAUUGCAUCAUUCCAGAGAAUAUAAUUCAAACUGGGAUAGUUCCCGAUUUGAAUGAGAAAAAUGGACGAAAAGAGGUAGUAUUCAUAUCUGCAAACAUCUUGAAAGAUUUAAAAGCUUGUUCAGUUGUGGCUACUAGAUUUCUUGAUACCUUUUCAGUAAAUCUUUCUCCAAAUCGAGGUUCGGGGCAAAUAUCGGACAAUAAUUGUCAAUUUUGCGGUAUGAUUUUCCUUCGCAAUGACAUCGAGCAGCGCAUAAAGCACUUGAGGUUUUGCCUAAAGCGACCUGAUAAGUUUCCUUGUGAAACUUGCGGAAGAGCUUUCAAAAGCAAAAAGAAUCUUAGAUUACAUAAGUUCCGCGGUUUAUGUACAGAAAUGACGUAUGAGUAUGAGCGUAACCAAACAGAUACAGAAACAACAAUUCAAAAAGAUACAGGUAAAACAAAUUCAGUGUUAAAAAGUAAAACUGAAGGAAAAAGUUGUUUCAAGUUUUUGAAACAUCCGGAAAAAUUGCAAACUACUUCAAUGCGAACACCAAAUUUGAAACUGACUGCGGUUCAAAAAGCCAAAAGUCAAACUAUGAAAUUAUCAAAAGCGAAUAUUAAACGAACUAUUGUCAAGUUUAAUUUGCCGGACGAAACUCCGAAAAGGAAGACGAAGAAAGCAGAAAAGAAGGAGAAAUCUAUGACGAAAGUGGGCUCAUCUCCUACCGACUUCCAGUUGCUAUCUUUGCCAGGUUUCAAUGCAUUCCAGUCCGCUCAAUUUUCGUUAAAAGAUUUUCUCGUUGACGAAGACGCUCGAAAGGAAGAUAGUUGGAUGCCUGUCAGACAAUCUAUUGAUCAACGAUUAAUAAAAACCGAAGCGCUUGACUUGGCUCAAUUAGAUAAUCCCGAUAACAAUAAUAACAAUAAGAUACCCAUUCUAGUGACCAAAAAGGGCUUAAGAUGCGCUGAAUGUGGGGCUGACUGCCUAAAUAUUCAAGAUCUCGAGAAGCAUGUUCGUACCGCGAAACAUUCGAAUUUAGAUAACAACAUUGCCGUUGUAUUAAGUCCAGGCACUGAUUCGGGCAAAAAGCAACUCAUCUGUAAAAUAUGUUCGUCAGUUUUUGCGGUUAGUAAAAUGUUCAGCGCCAAGUUCCACGCUUUUCUGCAUGUUUACCCGGAAGCCGUAAGACAAAUGUACAGUCAACAGACAUUCAAGUGUCCUCGGAGGAAAUGUACACUAGUGUUUGAUAAUGCACGUGACUUGGAGCAGCACGACAAGAGGGAACACUGGGAUGUUGCCAACGUAAAGAAGUUGAGGUGUCAGUAUCCGAAUUGUACCGCCGUGUUCACAACGCACCCAGGACUGAAGGACCACGAGAGUGAUUUCCACAAAGAAAUGGUUCCACUAGUAGGUUCAUUGAAACGGGAUUUUGGGGACAAAGAAACUGCACUUGCAUGCAAAAAACAGCGGCUGAAUGGUGGGUUCUAUUUGGCUAGUAAUGCAGCCAAUUGUUGUAACGCCUUCGCUGCCUUCAAGGAGUCGGAAGACGUCUGCAUUCUCCACGACGAACUGUGUCUGCGAGACAGAGCCUGUCUUCUUUGCAAAGAGGUGCUUCCAACCAAAACGGAACUAACUGGACACUAUCGAGAAACGCACAGAAGCAAUUCUGGCAAUGGUUACAAAUGCGUGUUGUGCUCACACAAUUCUCUCACUUACGUCGCUUUCUCGAAACACGUGCGAACCAUACAUCAGUGCUUCUUCGUCGCCGAUAUGCCAGAGUAUGGAAUAACCCAGAUUGUGAAGUCUGACCUCCAGAACCCGAACCAGAAGAGAUUCAAUUGUGAGAACUGUAAAAUGGCUUUCGGUGACUUCUCGAGAAUCAGGCUUCACAAGAUUGUAGCAGACAACCAUACAUGUAAAAUCUGUUCGAAACGGUGUUGCAGCGUCCUGGACAAAGCGAAGCACUAUAAACAGAAUCACCCUAGUGAGUUUCCCAAGUUGAAGGGCACGCAACCUAUAUAUCUCUGUAAGGCAUGUAAAAAGUCAUACAAGAGUCUGAAAAAGUACCAGUGUCAUUUUGCCUUACAUUAUACCAACAUGAAUACUUGUUGCUACUGUAGCGAACUGUUGCAUAAUGACGAAGAGCUGGACUCUCAUAUUCAAGAAGAACAUAUCGCAAACUUAGAUAGUCAGAAGCAAUCAUCGCUUAAAUGCCUUCAGCUAGAAUGUGAGCUUCAAACAAGUUCACUAAUAGACUUGAAAAUCCACAUGUAUCAGAAGCAUUUCAAAACAGACCCGGUGUUUGUCUGCAAAAAUUUGCUUUGUUUAAAGGUGCUGAGGUCUGAAAAACAGUAUACGGCACAUAUGAGCUCGUGUAGCUCAAUGUGUAAUCAAUCCAGUUCUCCGCUCAUACCUGUUUCUUCAAAGGAGAAACCAGCAGCUAUUGAAAGGAACUUCGAGACGUCGGAAGUGCCAGCUCGUCAAAUUACUAAAGCUCCAGAAUUAAUCUGUCUGGACUAAUCUUUCCUUAGUCUCUUCCAUGAGUUAUUUAAUACCCUUAGAUUAAGAUUUUUAGGUUUAGUAGAAAUGAAGUUGAACGAGCAGAUGAUGUAAUUCAAGGCGCAGAAAACCCGUGAAGGGUUUCAGUUUUUUUAAUUUAUUUUGAACUUUAAUCCAAAUACAGAGUGCGAUAAUCCAGUUCUUUUAUGUAAAUUCAAUAAACACUUUCUGACAUUUGCUUGGGAUUAAGUGAAAAAAUGCGUUUUCUUUCAAAUGAUUCGGCAAAAUUAUUGAAUGAUAUCUGUAGUUUUUUCAAUUUUUCCACUAGCUCAAGUUUUUCCAGUUAAACUUGAAUGUUUUGUUAAUUUUUUACUGAUAAAGCUUUCUAAAACAAGCUUUGACCUAAUUUCGAUUUUAAACCCGUACAUUUGUGCAGUAAUUCCACAAAAUUGUAACCAGUUCUUUACACGCUUUAUAUUUAAAUUUAUUAAUUGAAGCAAGUUUAUACCUAUAUUUUGGCAAAAUCCGUGAGCUGAAAAAUGACUCGAUUUGUAAUCAAUCCAAACGCAGUUCUCUGCUCAAACUUGUUUCCCGAAAAGAGAAACCAGCA